UGUGUCCUGAAGCCUUCGAGCUCGGUUCUGUCGGCAUGGAGCCUCCGCAAAGAAGCAUGGUGCGGACUCCCCACAAGAGUGUUUUGGUCCAGAGGAGGAGCAAGAGCAGGAGCUACAGGCAGUCGUACCGCAGCUGCUCCGGCGGUCCGUCCAGACUGUGCCUGACUCCGGCGCUCACCGCCCGGAGGCUCAACACGAGCAGGAGGCCUCCCAAGUCCCAGGACAUCACCGACAAGCUGAAAGCGGAGCAUCUGGCCCUGCUGGUGAAGACCAGGUGGAAGCUGUCCUACGUCACGCCCCUGUACCGCUUCAGGCACACGCAGCUGAGGAGCUACUCCCGGCAGCUGUCGGCCUUCAUCGCGGCGGAGCAGCAGCGGGGCGUGGCGGUGGAGGUGGAGGGAACGCAGAGCGGCUUUCGGGUGUCCUUCAGCAUGUUGCAGGGUCUGGCCUCGGCCGAGAACGACGACCCGGAGACCGUCCUCAUACAGGUCCAUUCCAAGCCGCUGCUUUCCCGGCAGGACGAGCCGCAGAAGCUGGUCUGGAGCGGCUGGCUGACGUGCAUCAGCGGGAACCCCGAGUACCUGUCCUCGCUCCCCAGAGACUUCACCUGCCUGCCGCUGUUCGGCAGCAGCGGCGCCGACGGCCUCACCUCCGUGGUGAAGUCCUGGAUCCAGCAGACGUUCGACUGCUGCCUGGGCCGGCUGGAGCUCAACCACACCACCCUGCAGUGGCUGCUGGCGCUGUGGACCAACUGCCACGCCCAGUCCAACAUCCAGCAGCUGAACAUGGUGUGGACGCUCCCGUCCGCCCCGCCGCUGCAGGUCAGCUUCACGGUGGACCCGCAGGACGCCUGGGACCUGUGGCGCAGCGUGAGGAAGGCCUCCGCCCAGGAGGAGGAGGAGGAGGAGGAGGAGAGCUGCAUCGACGUGGAGGAGGUGACCCGGUUCCUGCACGGCCUGAAGAGCCACUUCUACAGACACUUCAGGCUGGAGCUGUCCGCAGGGAGCCUGAGCCAGGUGGGCACGGCGCUGGGCUGGGCCGCCGUCAGCGGCAGGAUCAAGAUGUCCAGCAGCCGGUACGUGGUCACCACCCUGGCUCUGCUCACCGAGUGCGCCCUGCUGAAGAUGCCCAUCUGAGCCCCGGCCUGAGCAGCCCGGAGCUGCUCACAGUCAAGACUUUGUUUUUUUUUUUUUUUUUUUAAACUAUUCCAGUUUUAUAUUUGGUUGGAGAAACAAAGCUACAUGAAUUAAACCGGUCUUGUGGAUCCAGUCGGACUCGCACCUUUCGCUCCACCACUCUGAUGUUUUGGACUCUGAAUUAUGUCCUGAGUUCCUUCAACCUGUUGUGAAUAUUUCCUGUCUGGCUCCUUGCACAGUAUUAUUGUUCUUGUUGUAAAUAAAAGCAUAAAAGUAUGUACAUAUUUCUCUUUAAUGGAUGUAAAUGUUGUGGAGGAGAGGAGCAGGGUCACAAUAA